UGCUGGUCCUGCCUGCCAGAGAGGGGAGUCGAGAGCUCUGCUGGGAACUACAUGGUGCUCAAUUUUUCAAGAUGUCGUCGCUGGAACAGAGGCUGUCGCGAAUCGAGGAGAAACUAAAGCAGGAAAAUGAAGAAGCUCGCCGGAGAAUCGACCUCAACAUCGACAUGAGCCCGCAGCGAUCACGUCCUAGGCCGAUCAUCGUGAUCCAGCUCAGUCCUGCUCCAGCCCCUUCCCAGCGUGCAGCACUCCAGCUGCCGUUGGCCAACGAUGGAGGCAGCCGUUCAUCGUCUUCAGAGAGCUCGCCUCAGCACCACCCUUACCCCAGCCGCCCGCGACACAUGCUCACCCUGCCCACACCUCCGUAUGGCCUACAGAAGAGCUUAGAGAAUGCAGAGAUCGACCAGAAAUUGCAGGAGAUCAUGAAACAGACGGGUUAUCUUAAGAUCGACGAUCAGCGGUAUCCAGCAGAGGUGACAGACCUGAUCAGUGAGGGGGAGAUCGGCAGCGGCACCUGUGGGCAGGUCUUCAAAGUUCGAUUCAAGAAGACCGGCCACGUCAUCGCUGUCAAACAAAUGCGUCGCACAGGAAACAAGGACGAGAACAAGAGGAUCCUGAUGGACCUGGAUGUGGUGCUAAAGAGUCAUGACUGCCCUUACAUCAUCCAGUGCUACGGUGCCAUAGUUACCAACACGGACGUUUUCAUCGCCAUGGAGCUGAUGGGAACAUGUGCUGAGAAGCUGAAGAAGAGAAUACAGGGCCCGAUCCCAGAGCGAAUCCUUGGAAAGAUGACAGUGGCAAUAGUGAAAGCUUUGCAGUACCUGAAAGAGAGGCACGGUGUCAUCCACCGGGACGUCAAACCCUCCAACAUCCUCCUCGACGCUAAAGGUCAGAUCAAACUGUGCGACUUCGGCAUCAGCGGACGCCUUGUCGACUCAAAGGCCAAGACCCGCAGUGCCGGCUGUGCUGCCUACAUGGCACCUGAGAGAAUAGACCCUCCAGAUCCCACCAAACCUGACUACGACAUCCGAGCAGACGUGUGGAGCCUUGGCAUCUCUCUGGUGGAGCUGGCCACAGGACAGUUUCCCUACAAGAACUGCAAGACAGACUUUGAGGUUCUGACCAAAGUACUGCAGGAAGAUCCUCCUCUGCUGCCUCUCAGCAUGGGCUUCUCCCUCGACUUCCAGUCCUUCGUCAAAGACUGUCUCACAAAGGAUCACAGAAAAAGGCCAAAAUACCACCAGUUGCUGGACCAUAAUUUCAUCCAGCGUUACCAGGUGCUGGAGGUGGACGUGGCCGGUUGGUUCCAGACGGUGAUGGACCGCACCGAGUCGCCUCGCAGCAGCCAGUGUUACAGCCAUCAGCACCAGCUUCACUCGCUCUUCAGUAGGUAGCCUAGCCUACCCCAGCCCGGCGUUAGCUUAGCCAGACGCUAGUCUAGCCUAGCUUUAGCUUUGCCAAGCCCAGACUCAGUCUGUCCUAGUCUAGCCCAGCGUUAGCAGCUAAGCCUAGCGUUAGAGCCAGCCCGCCUGUCCAUCUGUCCACCGGAGCACCUGAAGAGCCCACAGAGGAGGGGGAGAGACUCGAUGGAGGUCUCUGGAUGGACAGAUGGACGGAGAGAUGGACUGAUGGUUGGAUGGAUGGAUGACACAGGUGGUUCUGUUUAUCUGGACAGGCAGAUGUCGGGAGGAGGGAAGAGGAAAAAAAAUGCACACUGUAGUUAGCUUCAUUCAUUUCGACUCAUGUCUCGUCACUCUAUCGUGUCACAUCAUCGUGUCUAACACCCACACACACACACACUUCACAUACAAACUGGUUUUGUAUCUUGUAUGUGUCUCUACAUUUCCUUCACUUUCCAUUAGUUUUCCACCUACAUGUCUGUCUCCGGCAUUGAUCCAAGCCAUUGGAUUAGUCAACAGCGUAGUCACUACACACUGGAACAAAGCAUCUGCUACAUUAGCAAACCUGAAUCUCUCUUGUACAUAAACAUGAUGGAGGACACAGCAAUGUCCGGUGCAAUUAUGAUUCUUCAGGUGUUUCUACUAUCACACAUUCUCAGGCUGUGAGUGAGUAAGUGUGCGCGUGUGUGUGUGUGUGUGUGUGUGUGUGUGUGAGAGAGAGAGAGAGAGAGAGAGUGUAUGGAUCAAUAUCAAGACACAGUCACUGGUUGUUUUUAGUAGUAAGAUUAUAUUUCCUUGUCUUUUAAUCACCUUCACACUACAGACAGCUGUAACACACAAGAAGAAUUAAUUAACCUGUGAGCCGUGCUUCAUUACUAACGUGUAAGAAUAGUAACUCUCAUUGAAUUUAAUAUGAAAUAUGUUUAGAGUACCCAUCAUUGUAUUUAGCAGGUGCAUAAUUGGAAAAAAAAAAAGAAUCACAAAAAAAUUAGUGUUGCAUUUUAGUUUUGUAGAAAAGGAGUCAUUGUGGUUUUUGCAUAUUCAGAGGGAUUUAUGUGAACUUUAAGAGCGUUACAGGAGUUGUAGGGAUGCUGAGAAGAGAAAAGACCUUUUUAGAAGUGUGCAAGAGAAAAGCAGAGAAAGUUGAAAGUUGAAGAGUGUGUUAUCGUUGAUUGAUGGAUUUGGAAGAUAGAAUAUCUCUUACUAGCGAGAGACACAGGAGAAAGAGGCUGGAGAGGAGAGUGAUUUUUCAUUGAAAAGAUAAAGAACAGGAGCUUAUCGUGUACAAAGACUAUAAAUGAAAUAGAUCUUAUUACCUGUGGAGCGUUUCUUAACUUCACUCCCUGUCCGUCUACCUCUUCCUCUUUGUCCACCUCUCUGUCUGCUUCUGCUGUUCAGUGUGAUGUAGUGCUCCACAGUGUGACCAGACCAAAGGCUGCGUGUAGGUUGUUUUUGUCAGAGGCCAAGACAUUUCAGACGAUUAAGAAGCCACACAGACUGGUCUUGAUAAUGCAUCUGUAGGUGUUUUUAAGAACCUAGAACAGGGGUCUCAGACUCGCAGCUCAUGGGGCCACAACUGACCUUGUUUUGAAGAUGAUUUUAAAGUAAUGAUGUACUUUUUCAAGAGCCGAAUAAUCUACUAGUUUAUAAAAUGUUAGAAAAAUAGAGCCGUUUAGCAUGGCAUGUAUUUAUAUUUCUUCAUCGAUCCACACGCCACUACUAUGGGUUGGGGUCACAAUUGGUUGGGAUUUUUGGAGAAAUGGUUCAAAUCUAUGUUCCCUACAAUCAAGACUCUUUAGAACCAGAAACCAGUUAAUUUUGGGGUAUUUUUUUAUUACAUAAUUAAUCAGUUAUCGUGGUUGCAUUGUUUUGGUCACAGAUUCAUUUUCUGUCGAUCAAUUAAUCUAUUAAUUGUACCUUCUUAACAUAAACCAAUAGCAUGCAGCUUUAGCGCAGCGCACCUGACACCAAAGUGUGUCUUUAUCUAAAUAAAGACUGACCUAGAGCACGGACAGUGUCAAGAAACCUGUUAGUGUUCCUGGCUGGUGGCCCCAGGGUUAUUUGACUUUGAGACCCCUGAACUAGAGGAUUGUUAGGAUGAAAUCGAUUGAGUCAGGCUUGUUUAUAAAAGACGCAUCUAACCUGGUCAAAGUGUUGGUAACUGAGAUGUUUAGAUACACUCAACGGAUGCAAGUCUCCAGAGACUGACAGGCUAGAGUCCGAUUGCCUCCCCUCUCGCAGGGCCACAGCCAAAGCCUGCUAGAUGUGCAGACUCGAACCUCCCACGCCCCGUCACGCACCAAACCAAAUCACUGCUAGACACAGAGAACCGAGGACUGGCAACUAUAGAGAGUGGAACCUGCUAAGUGUCAGAGAGAGAAGGGUACAGGAAUGUUGUCGAGAUGGCAGAAAAGAUGAGUGAAAAAGAAAUGACACUGAGACGUGAGGACAGAGUGAGGUGAGAAGGAAGACAGGGAAUGUUAAGAAAGUGAGAUGAGAAGUUAAAGAAAGUCAGAGACAAACUGGAGUUGGAUGACUGAAAGUGAAGUGUAUAAAAGAAGACGAAGACAGAAAACAUCAGCCCAGGUGUCACAGGACUGCCGAGCUCUGAGGCUAGCUGUUUGUUGUAAAAAGCUUUCAUGGUGUUUCACCAAUGUACCAAUUCUGAUUUUAGCCAGUGAGUUAGUGUGAUGUGUUUAUGUUCUUCUGUUCAAACAAUGUUAUUUAUUUACAUUGCUACUGCUGCUACUUUUUUUUUAUUGCUUUAGACGCUGCUGUCACUUCUUUUCCCCAAAGGACAAAUACUUUAUUCUUUUUUAUUUUAAGCCAAAUAAGUGAAAUAAUGCAAUGUCAACACAUGUUACCAAAUACAGAGGAGUAAGUCUGAAGAGGGAAAAAGCAAGUGAGGGAGGGUGAGGAGAGAGAAGGUGCAGGGAGGUCGGCUUCACGAAAAGUACUAACAGACAAAAUGUAAACGCGCACCUCACCUGAAAUGUAGCUCUAUGUGUAAUGGAAUUAGUUAAUCAUUUAUAUCAUGACGUCACACUAAAGUCUGUACAGUGUAGAUAUGAUCAGAGGGGAUGUCAGUCUGUCUGUCCAGAUGCUUUUUGUCACAUCCAUCUUUUACUGCAUCCAUCCAUCCCUCCAUCUGUCCACAGGUCGCCGGCAAGCUCAACAAGCUUGACAGUUUACACCAAAGGUGUCCACAACUCAACUAAAAAACACGAGAGAGCGAGAGCGCGCGUUGUUGUUAUUGUUAUGACUAUUGUUAUUGACAUAAUUGAUUACUCUCAGCUAUGGUAUAUACAGAAUCUCUCUUUAGCUAGUGGGACAGGGGGAGGUGGGUGCCCUGUAGUAUAGCAGUGAUGUGUGUGUGUCAUAUACUGUACAGUACAGGGGGAGACUGUUAAACUAACAUACCGUGACAAAACCAGCCGGUUCACCCUUUUACUCAGUGAAUCCACUCACUGUGGGCUUGUAUCAGGGAGCUUCCUGUGGGCCACAUGGCUUCACCGAGCCACUGACCAUCAGCGAUCCUGGACAACUGGUGUCACACAGCUGGUUAACAGCCAGCUCCGUUAAUGUUUCCAAUUCAGCGAAACCUCAUUUUGAGAAAAUGUUCUUAAUCACGCACCAAUCAAAUCAAAUGUUGUCAAACCCAGCUGCAAUAUUGUUUCUUAUUAUCGAUAUAUAGGACGAUACUGAAAUACCUGCAAUGAGCUCAAGAUCAACCAAUUUAUACUACAUUAACCAUGAAAAUAAUAUUGCUUUAAAGAACGAGGAGAAAGUGUUCCUAUUCGUUAUGAAUGAUCACUCAUUAGUUUGUGUAUUAUUCUAUAAUCUCUUGAGUUUUAAACCCAGAGUAGACACGUGUACAUUGUGUAAAAUCAAAAACUCUUACCACUUCUAUUUUUAUCAUGGAAAUCAAAGUAACUCUAAUGAUACAUUCAGACACUCUGUAUGUGUGUCGCCCUGUUGCUUGAAACUUUUACUCUCUACUUGUGUCCAUGUUAAUUCCACUGAUCUGAUUAUGUAGCAGAUGCCCUUAUUAUGUUUAGGUUCAGCCCAGUGUCCCUCAUCUGAUAAUAAUUUUGCUUAAUAUGUAAUAGUUUUAUUUGAAACAUUAACAGAAUUACCAGAAAGUAAAGAAAUAGUAGUUUUGACAUUCUGAUAUGUAGCAUAUUGUGUUGCUGAGAUAUUUACUGACGUUAACAUGCUCAUUAGCUGUCCCCAUCCCGGUCCAAAGUUCCUGUGUUGGCUUCAUGGCUACCUGAAGCUAGCUAAUGGCAGCUCCAGUAAGCAGCAGUAAGCUGUCACUUUGGGCAUCUGCCCCCAAUUUGUUUUUAUGAUGUAUUUGACAGGUGGACAAUUCUGGUGGACAUGUUGCACCUUUUUUAAGUAAAUAUAUAUGAAUGAAUAAUAAUAAUAAUAUUAACUAAGAAAUAAUGUACUCCCGUUUUGCUGGGAUCCUUCAGAGAACCACUUGCCUUGAUCAGUCUUCUCUCGUUAGCCCUGCAACAAACCAUGGUAACCUGUCCUGGUAAAAAGUGAGCCAGCUUUGUGAUGCCAGGAAACCUGAGUUAAGUCCAAAGAUGGCUCAUGUUUCUUCGUGAUACAGACCCUCUGAGCAGACUGACAGUGAGUUGGCACAACUCCGUUAGCUCGGCUAGCUUUGUUGGGUUUUAAUCUGGAGACCCUGGAACUGAUUUCAAACAGUGAACAGGGACUCUUACAAACUCUCCAGAUGACAGGAUUCAGGGCUGAGGGUGACAUCAAUGCUCAGCCUCUCUGCUCAAACUGUUUUAUAUAGACCUGAAUCUGGUGCUCAGCGUCCGUCAGCUGUACUGCUUUGCCAGUACAGCCUGAGGUAUUCUCAUUGGUGCCGUUUCUAAAACACUCUCAACAUUCACUGUUUAAAACUCUGUACGUGUCCAGCUGGACCCAGUCUCCCACUGUCGAGGGUCUCUGUUAUUAAGCUGAUGUGUAUUUUACACACGCACACACUCGCUCGACUGUGCCGUUUCCAUCCAGUCACCUGAUUGGAUGACGGUGCCACGCUAUGGCUUCUGAAUGAGAAUGACUGUCAAGUGUGUGUGUGUGUGUGUGUGUGUGUGUGUGUGUGUGUGUGUGUGUGUAUGUGAGGAAAAAACACAUCUACAAAAACACACACACACCAAUUGUAUAAAGUGAACCCAUUCUACACAGCACUGCUCGCUACUGCCAAUAGUGGCUUUAUGUGUAUAUUAGCUGGUCAGGUGCGAGGCCAGGGGUGUAUAAAAACAGCUAGCUCAUAGCGUGUACCUGCGCUGUGCCUUGACACUGAGGGAGAGCGUGUGUGUGGGUGUGUGUGUUGUAAACCCAUCUGUAAGUAAACCAAAUAUCAUUUUCACUAUGCAGUCAUUCAAACCAUGUCAGCUUGCUUCGGUGGGGAGAAAAAAAACCUCGUGUACAUACACAGAUAAACUGGAGUUAGCGACAGUGUGUUGUUCUUUUUCGAGCCCCCCCUCCCAGUGUGAUCAACGUCACCGCCUUCAGCUAGUUCACUGAACAAAGAGAGCGAAAGCAAGAGAUGUGUUUUGAAUGAGCUGACAAAUAUUUAAGGAUUGUAUCGGGGUUGGGGAGGGACGGGGGUUAGACCUGGGGUUUGUAGUUUUGUGGGAGAUACAGAUCAAUGCUGUAAAGUAUAUCAAUUGCAUGUUAUUGUCACCGUUGUAACUGCCAUUGUUUUGUUUUUUGUUUUUUUUUUCUUCCAAGACAACGGUCGGUUGGGGUGGGGAUGCACAAAACUUUAUCCUUAUUUAUGAUUUUUACACAUAUAGUCUGUAUUUUUGUUUCUUUUUUGCAAAAAUGUUGAAUCAUUGUGUACUUAGGAAAAGACACAUUUUUUUGCCUUUUUUUAUGUUCUCUGUCAACUUUGCAAUAUACUUUUUCACUUUGGACCCGUCAGUAGUCGUUGAGGAGGAGGAGGAGCUGUAUCUUUAUUAGCAGACAGUGUUUGUUAGAAUAACGUCCUGUUUUUCCCCUCAUUCAUGUGCCGUGUGUCUUUCUUUCUUUUUUCUUUCUUUCAGUUAGCCGUGUGUGCGAGCAGAGAAUGUGUGAUGUUUAUUUGUCUACCAAAAGUCUUUACUGAUGAUUAUUAUUAGCUUUUAUUUUUGUCCAUUGUUUGUUUUUUAUUAUUACUAUGAUUACUGUUUUUAUUAUUAUUUUUGUUGUUAUUAUUAUUCAGGGCAAAGAUGACACCAAAUUGAACAAAGAAAUAAUGAUCAGUGCUGAGAGCUGGACAGUGUGUCCAUAUUUCUGAAGGUUUCUUUUACUGGCGAGGUGGAGCAAUCGUUAAUUUCUCACCGUUACGCUGUAGUGUCUGUCCACCUGAUUUAAACCGCCACAUAAAGAUAACCUCUGAACUGAAAGUCUAAUAGUGUUUUAUUAUUAUUAUUAUUAUUAUUAUUAUUAUUAUUAUUAUACUGGUUUUUCUUGGAUCAGAUAUCAAGAUCGAUUUAUUUCUUGUUACCCCUGUUUGGGUCAUAAAUUGUGUGCUGUUAUUUAAUUUUUUUUUUCUCCCCACAUCCCUGCCCAUUGCUUUUCAUUUUUUAUUCUAUUUUAUGAUUAUUAUUUUGUUUUUUUUCUGGUUUGUCUGAUGCUGUAGGCAGUGAGCUGAUUUUUCAAAUGCCAGAGCUUUCUUUUUUUCCCUUUCUUUUUCUAAUGCUGAGACUGUCGUGACUGAUGUUGCACUUGUGAUGGGUUUUAUUUUGGUUUUGUUUUGUGUUGCAGAUUGUUGUGCGGAGAGGAGAAUAUUGGGUGUUUUCCUUAUUUUCUUUUUUAAGUCACAGCAGUUAUUUUAUCAAUCAUAGAUCUGUGACACAGAGCAAGAAAAGUGAUUCUACAGUGUAUUUUUUUCACUGAUAUUUAUUUAUUGGUCAUUUGUAUGUUUUUUUUAUGUGUAUUGCUUUUUUGUGGAGGGCAAACAGGACUCAAGGUAGAGGAGUUAGUCUGUCAUUGGCAUUUUACCAUUGUGUACAGAAAGCAAAAUAUUGUAUUCAACCAUCACACUACCAUACAGUCCAUAAAGAAACGUAUAAACAGGUUAAAAUAGAAACCUACAGCACAGUAAGGUGAAGGCUUUACUGUGGCUGUCUGACAUUAUUUUGUUUACCGUUUACGCUCUCAGAAGGCCCCAUCAAACAAACUGCUCAUGGAUAAAAGCUGAGUCGCCACAGCAUGGUGUAUUGAACUAGUGCUUUGCUAAUAACUCACAGUCAAAGCUUGUAUUGUUUGAAACUUGGAUGGUUUUUAUCAGUGAGUACUGAAUGCCAGCAGCAAAGCAGACUAGAUUUGUUUUUAAGUUUUAGGUAUUUCAGCUGAUGAUAACUACUAUGAUAGUGGACUGAUUGGCUUGUUAUUAACCUGCACUCCCUGUUAGCGAGGCAGGAGACGCCCUGCUUUGAAUUAUCAUUGAGGUUUGUUGCUUGGUUUAAGUCUAGAUUGCAUGACAUUGCUAGUGCGCAGGGAGGGGGGGAGGAUCAACUUCAGUCACCACUGUUGCAGUUUAAA